AUGUUGCAAAGUGGAAAUUCGAUCAUAAGGGAGCGAGCGUUCACAUGGGGUGAUAACGGUUAAGUUAGUGCUAUUUAUUUAGAACCAACCAGUACAUAUGUUUAUUCUUCUGUCAGAUAUUAUAAGGCUAAUACUAAUCCUAAUCGAUAUGAGUAUUUUCCGACAGUGUAGAGAAUGUCAACUAACACCGGCACUCUCCAAUAUGCUUACUCAAUUAACAUUACUCGAGCUCAAACACUUGAUAGCUCAAUUCAAAGAUCAAUAACUGUAUUAAGAUCUGGCACUUAAGACAAUAUUUUUGGUUGCUAGCCCAUUUUUUACACUAAGAUUACUCCAAAUGAAAUCAGAUUUGCAUUUUAUCGCCUUGUAGUAAACGCUGACUAUACAAUUGCUUCAUAGGUUUUCGUGGAAAUCCUUGAAAGUCCUAGAUGUCUGGAUCUGAGAGUACAAUCAGUAACAUCUUUCUAUGUAUUGGCCUUAGAGUCAAAAACUUUGUAUAAAAACCACUUGAUUAGAAUUUAUGACAUGUCCUCAGCUGGAGCAUCAAUGACAAGAUAUGAAUUUACAUAUAUCUCUAACUACAGAAUCUAUGAUGGUGUAAUAUUGCCAGAUUAUUCAGUUUACUAUAUUGGAGCUACUAUUUAUUCUAAACUCUCAAACAUUAAAUACUUCACCUAUAUAAUGUCAUCUGAUAUAUCUUUAUCGUGCUCUACUUUUAAUAUGCAGCCAAUCAUUACUUCUGGAACUUUGGCAGCUGUCAAUGAUCUUUCCUAUGUUAAUCUAGGAGUUAGUUUAAUAUCAACAACUACUUUUAAGCUUAGUAGAUCCACUAACUUUAGUUUAUUAGCUUAGAAUAUAUCUCUAUACAGUACCAAUUAUACUAAAUUUUGCGAUCCAAUACCAAAGCUUUGGUUUUAUAAUAAUUUUACUGGCGUUGUCUCAACAUAUGUUAUGCAAUCAGGAAACUACCUUAAAAAUCUUUCUUCGUAUUUUUUAGGUGAUGAGAACUGCAUGGAUAGAGGUAGGACUUAUUCAAUAACUUCACUAAGUGCUGGAAAUUUACCUUUUGUAUUCAAUAAUAUCGAUAACUUCUCCCUUUAAUAAACUUUGUUCCAAGAGAUUUAGAACUACUUAUAGUAUUGGAUCACCUUCUAUUGUAUUGAAAUUAAAUGCUUAUGUGAUAAAGUCAAUAUGCAAUAAUCCUAGUCAGUUUUCAGUUCUAAUCGUGCCUGA